GUUGAUUAAUCAAUUGACACGUGUUUAUAUGAAGAGCUUCGUCUGUGCAAUAAACAGUGGCAAUUUUAUUAAAAAUGACGGCACACAUUGAUUCGCAAAAAUUAAAAACGAUUAUAAAUGAAAAAGACUGGGAUCAGUUACUGCAAAACGUCAAACCUAAGCAUUUUGUCAGACAGGAAUCAGAGACGAUACUCGAUGCGAAUAUCUUAGCACAAAUGUGUCAAGUACUCUUAAGUGAAAUCACUCCGGGUACGAUUACAAUUUUAUGCUUAAAGUGUUUGGGGAACUCUUGUCUUGACAGUUACAAACACAAACAACAUGCGAUAGAAAACGUAGAGCCUGUUAAAUAUAAUAAGAAUUUAUAUAACAAAUUAGUUGAAAGUGAUUUAUGCAAACAAAGAAAGACUUGUGAUUAUCCGCACAAAUCUCAUUUUCCUUAUGACGGAGUCAUAGAAUGGACUGUAGAUUACAUUAAUAUUCAUGGAAAAUCCAUAUACCACUUAACUGAUAAUGAAUUAGAUAUCCUUAGGCUCAGCAUCCAGUUUUUAUGUAAUUUAUUUACAUAUGCCUGUCCAAAUAUUACAUCUACAGAAGAGGAUAUUUUAAGAUAUUUAAAUUGUGAUAAUCUGAAACAAGUUAUUCUGAGUUGCAUGCAGUCUGAUAAUAGAUUACUGGCCAAUGCAGCUUGCAUUUAUGUGCACAAUGCAUUAAAAAAAUUAUGUCAUAACUAUUUCACAAUGGAGAAGAAAGAUCUGUUUUUACAAUUAUUAAAACCUGCCAAAGAAGGUUUUACAUCUGCAAAAGAUGCAUUGUUAUUCCUGUUACAUCGACCAAAUGUAGUAGAAGAAGUAUAUAAUAAUGUAACUAUGGACGAAAAGUUAGAUUUACUUAAAAUUAUCUAUGAUGAAGUCUGGAAUGCUUGGCAAUCUGAUUUUAAUACAGUGCUCACAGAGAAUCAGGCCGAAUUUUUAGCAUUAACAUUUUGCAAAAAAAGUGAUCUCAUUUUAAAGACCGUGAACACAUAUGUGAAUAGCAUAGAUCCUACAGAAAUUAUUCUUAUUCUUAAUAUUAUGGGACUUCUUACUACACAAUAUAAGAUCUCAAAAAAUGUCAGGAGUUUGCUUAUUAAUUGUAAAUAUCUUUUGAUGUCGUUACAUAUGAUGGGAAAAGAAGCAGACAAUUAUUUUACUCCAAUAACGAAUUUAAGUCAAGUGGCACCUAAUGCUCAAAGGAGGAAUGUAAAUGUAUGCUCAAAUACAAAGGAUAUCGAGGUAUCUGGAGCAACAACAGCAAAUUGUGAUCCACAGGAACAUCCUGCAUAUGGCUUCAAAGCGGGACUAAUAAAAGUCAUUGCGAAUGUGGUACACAAGAACAAAAUGUGUCAAGAUCUGUUUCGCGAAAUAGAUGGAAUUCCAUUGCUUCUGGAUUGUUGUAACAUAGACGCGAGGAAUCCGCUUAUCUUACAAUGGACCAUUCUCGCUUUGAGAAAUCUAUGCGAGGGAAACCCUGAGAAUCAAGAAAUUAUUAAAAAUUGUAAAAAAACGGGCGUGUCAGAUAAUUCCGCGUUGCAAGAGAUGGGAUUGACUCUGCACGAGGACGCGGAUGGGAAAUUGAUUCGUAUCGUUCCUUUGCGUCGCAAUUAAGAAGAUUUAUCUAUUUUCUAGGACUCGAGAUCGCUCUCGGCAAUCAAUCAAUUCGAUAAUUAUCCAACUAUUGCUUGUUUGUAUCGAUAAUAUCUUCGAUAAAAUACAAUGAUUGGUUUAUCUUGGUAUGCAUAAAUAAUUAUUGUUCCAAUUAGUUCAACUGAAAUGUAUUCUGCUGUAUCACUCGCGAAAAAACGACACCAUCAUUACAACGAUUUGUGUCAUUAAACGAAAUACGAUGUAGCAUAGAGAGAAAUAUUUUAUCUACAUUCUUGGCCGAGUGAUUUAUGAUACAAUAAAAGCUGCUACGAGAGUUCACGGUCUAUUAGUAAUUGCUAAUGUAAGUAUACAACUGCUAUUGCUGAUCAUUCAAUUGUAAUGCGAAAUGGAUUUUGUUUUCUUUUAAUAAUGAGCUCUCAUUAAGAUUUCAAUAAU